AGUGGGCUCCUCGGCUACUGCGCAUGUUUGCUGCGACUUCAGUGCUAGUUUGACAGCUCCUCCAAAUAGUCUCCACGGCGAUCUUCUCCUGUACCGUUUUCCUCCCGGUUUCUUCGACUCCUGAAGUUGCUGUAUCAGUACUAACAUGCUCUCCUACAUCCUUGGCCUGAUCCGAGGAGGAUGGGACGGCAUCAUCCGCCUCCUGUUCAGUAUCUUCUCCUCCAAGCGGAGGACUGCGAUCACCCUAGUGGACCCCAACAUCAAGUACGCCCUGCGACUCAUAGACAAACAGAUCGUGAGUCAUGAUACCAGGAGGUUCCGCUUCGCUCUGCCCACUGCCGGCCACAUCCUCGGGCUCCCCAUUGGGCAGCACAUUUACCUGUCGGCUAAAAUCGACGGUAAGCUGGUGGUGCGUCCGUACACACCGGUCUCCAGUGACGACGACAAGGGCUGUGUCGAUUUGGUCAUCAAGGUGUACUUCAAAGAUGUCAAUCCCAAAUUUCCAGAGGGCGGGAAGAUGAGUCAGUACCUGGAGAGCCUCAAGCUCAACGACGCCAUCGACUUCCGCGGACCCAGCGGCCUGCUGGUCUACAAAGGCAAAGGAUCGUUCGCCAUCCAGCCCGAAAAGAAGGCGCCCGCGGUCAUCAAGAAGGCCCGACAGCUGGGCAUGAUCGCCGGAGGAACCGGGAUCACGCCCAUGCUGCAGAUCAUCAGCGCCAUCAUGAAGGACUCCCAGGACGCCACGGUGUGCCACCUGCUGUUCGCUAACCAGACCGAAAAGGACAUCUUGCUUCGGCCGGAGCUGGAGGAGAUCCAGGCCAACCACCCCGACCGCUUCAAGCUGUGGUUCACCCUGGACCAGCCCCCCGCUGACUGGGACUACAGUGAAGGCUUCAUCAGUGAGGACAUGGUCCGAGACCACCUGCCCGGCCCCAGUGAUGACGCCCUGAUCCUGAUGUGCGGACCCCCACCCAUGGUGCAGUUCGCCUGCAACCCAAACCUGGACAAAGUGGGCCAUUCCAGCAGCCAAAGGUUUAUCUUCUAGAGAUCCGGCCGACGACCCACUAGGGGGCGCCUAUUCCCCCCUCUGUGUGUGGCUCGCUGUUGGUUAUUGCAACCACCAAAGCAUUCAAAGCACUCAUGCAGCUGCAGAGUUAAAUAUUGCACUGUGUAUUUAAGUGAUGAUGUGAAUCGUCAUAGUUUGAUAUAUAUAUGUUGAAUACGUGUGGAUUAUUACGCUGUCAAAUUGGUGGGGGUAAGUGAUUCUGAAAAUGUGGGGUGGUUCUGAGGAUGGUCAAUGAACGUUUAUGCAGAAAAAUUGCAAAUUGAACCUGCCCUCAGGGUUUGACUGAGAGGUGGCUUGAGAUAUUAAAUGUAGUUGGUAAGGGAGCGUGGACGAAAGGCAUGUUUUGAUGGAAGUGGGAGGUGUUUCUACAUUUGUUUAUUAUUUUUUGUACACCCUUUCCCCGAGUGCCUUAAGAAAGCUUUGGUUCGGUAACACAACUAGAUAUUUUACAUAUAACGAUCACGCAUAGUAUUUUAUUGGGGCUCUCAAGAAUGUUUGCUGAAAUGUUGUACCUAUUCGUUUUAUACAUUGAGUGGUUUGCUUCCUCCAUUAUCGAUAUUCUUUUUGAUUGUUGUAUCGAUGUGCCUCUUGGCUUCGUCUUAUAAUUUGAUGAUUGUGUUUUGGCUAUGCAAGAUGCCAUGAAUAAUAAAAGCAAAUAUCUUACACA